UUGCCUCUUGGUUACUGUUUUUCAGCCUUAAGCAGCUGCAAAAUGCCUGCACAGGCAAGUCAGGUGUUGCCACAGGUGCAUCGGCACAGCCUUUAUACUCUGACGGACAGCUCAGAAUGUGGGUCAGACAAGGAAGAGGAGGAAGACCCUUCCAAGCGCCUGACACCCCUGGAAAAAUUAACGCUGGAAAUGUGCAAUGAUGAAAACACCAUAAAGGAGCUGACGGUGGGCAGAAGGGUGGGCUUCUACAAAGUCCAUGGUCAGAUCGGCUGUGGGAACUUUUCGAAGGUCAAACUGGCCGUCCAUGCCCUAACCAAAGACAAGGUUGCCAUUAAGAUCAUGGAUAAGAUGAGGCUCGAUCUGCAGACCCAGAGGAUGCUGUCCAGAGAGAUCUCCAACAUGGAGAGCUUGUAUCAUCCAAACUUAUUGCAGCUCUAUGAAGUACUGGAGACGCCAAGUCGGUUGUACCUGGUUCUUGAGUUCGCUGGAGGAGGAGACCUCCACACCAGAAUCAGCUCUGGAGGAAAACUCUCUGACCGAGAAAGCAAGAUUGUAUUCGCCCAAAUCCUGUCAGCUGUCAAAUACAUGCACGAGAACAACAUCAUCCAUCGAGAUCUGAAGGCUGAAAAUGUUCUUUAUACAACCAACUCCUGCAUAAAAGUGGCUGACUUUGGCUUCAGCAAGAAGGUCAAGAAUCGAAACCAAGCCCUAGACACCUUUUGCGGCUCUCCUCCUUAUGCAGCUCCGGAGCUCUUCAAAGAUGAGUCUUACAUUGGGCCACCUGUGGAUGUGUGGGCAAUGGGUGUCCUUCUCUUUUUCAUGGUGACUGGCACCUUGCCUUUCCGUGCUGACACUGUGGCCAAGUUGCGUCAAAGUGUGCUGGAGGGGGCUUAUGUUCUGCCAACCUGGGUAUCAGCUCCAUGUCAGCGGCUGAUCCAGGGGAUCCUGAAGCCAGAACCGUUAGAGCGAUGCGCACUGGACCAGAUGUUGGGCUGCGAAUGGCUGUUGCCAGUGGAACUAUUCCGCCCAAUUCCUCCCUUAUACCAGCUCAACCCCAUUCAUCUGCUUGAGGGCGGUCCAGGGGAGUUAGACAGAGACCAGGAGGAGGUAAAAGGUAUGUUGGAGAAACUGGGAGUCACUCAGGAACAUAUUGUCAAUAACCAAGGAAAGCGCAUGCGCAGUCCCAUUACAGGGGUUUACCGCAUACUCCUGCACAGGGUUAAGAUAAACAGGGGAGCUGAGUCUGCACCUACAAUCAGUGGAGUCGUCAAAGAUCCUAAAAGAGACAGUCUACGUGCCUACAGGAAUCUACGGCACUCCUCAAAACUGUGUGUUCUUUCUUAAAGGGAUAGUUCAGGGGUAGGCAAGUCUGGUCCUAGAGAGCCGCUGUCCUGCAGAGUUUAGCUCCAACCCUAAAAAAACCCUCACCUGCCUUUAGCCUUAGUAAUCCUGAAGAGCUUGAUUAGCUUGUUCAGGUGUGUUUGAUUAAGGUUGGAGCUAAACUCUGCAGAACAGCAGCUCUCUAGGACCGAACUUACCUACCCCUGGGAUAUAGUUCAUCCCUUUUAUUUAGUUUUUUUUUUUUCAUAGUACAAUGAAAGUCAGUCGGGCCC